UGUGGGUGGAGCCCUUGUUCCGUUUUCAAAAGGCUUCUGCUCUCAUUCAUCAGCUCCACACUGACUGAGGAACCUUUCUCAGGACGCAGAUCACCUGAUACGGAUACUUCAGAUAUGAUUCGAGACUGUUUGCUUUUGUUUGUGCUGCUGCUGUUUGUGCUCCACACUGUUGCUUUGGUGAAAACCAACUCUGAAGACAGUCUGGUCAGAAAAAGAAGAAAUUGGAUUCCACCCCCAAGGCAACUGGAGGAAAAUGUUGACUACACUUAUAAAGAAUCUGUUGCCAGGAUUCAUUCAGACUUUGACGAUGGUACGGGUAAUAUAAUCUAUUCCUUGGAAGGAGUUGGUUCAACCCAGUUCCCUUUCCACGUGUUUGUUGUCGACUCUAGAACUGGAUAUAUUCGAGUGACGAAAGUGCUCGACAGGGAGGAAAUUGAUACGUACCAUCUUUUAGGUGUUGCUCAAUACCAUGAUGGGAGACUGGCAGAAGAGAAAAUUGACAUAAGUUUUAAGAUUGUAGAUCAUAAUGACAACCCUCCGGUGUUUGGAGUCAUCAGCCCUGGGAAGGUGGAUGAACUCAGUCCUAAAGGGACUUUCGUUAUGAAAAUCACUGCAACUGAUGCUGAUGAAGAGAGGACUAAAAACUCUCAUAUUGCUUAUAGCAUUGUGUCUCAUAAUCCACCCAAUGACAUGUUUGCGAUGAGCAGAGAUGGGACUAUCUAUGUCAACAAGCCUAACCUUGACAGAGAGACAGUAGAUCAGUACUUUCUAGUAGUGAAAGGUCAAGACCUUGAUGGAGAACCAGAAGGAAAUGUUGCAACCAGCACUGUUACCAUUAAUAUUGGAGAUGUGAACGACAACCUUCCCAUUCUGGAUAAAGAGGAGUAUGAGGGAAGUAUUGAGGAGAACACACAAGGCGUGGAGGUGAUGAGAUUCAAAGCACAGGACAUGGACUUGAGUGGCACAGAGAACUGGGAAGCUUUGUAUGAAAUUGUCAAAGGCAACGAAGCUGGAUACUUCAGCAUUAAGACUGACCCCCUCACCAACGAGGGCAUCCUCAUGCUUGACAAGGCUGUGGAUUAUGAGGAUGUAAAGCAUCUUGAUCUAGGUAUAGCUGUAAAAAAUAAGGCCCAAUCGUUCGGCGAAGGUUCUGGAGGUGGUGGAGGUGGUGGAGGAGGAGGAGGUGGUGGAGGUGGUGGAGGAGGCGGAGGAGGAGGAGGAGGAGGAGGAGAAGGAGGAGGAGGAGGGGGAUCUGGAGGAGGAGGUGGAGGUGGAGGAGGAGCAACAGGAGCUUUUGGUGGUGGUGCAUCUAGCACUACAAUAAAAACCUAUCCCGUCAAAAUUAACGUUAAGAAUCAGCCUGAGGGCCCCCGUUUUGAUCCCAAAGUCAAAGCUAUUCCCAUCUCAGAGGGAGGCCAGUCGUCCUUUAGUAUUUAUGACGUCAUUGGAAGGUACCCUGCUAUCGAUGGCGAUACUGGAAAACCAGCGGAGAAUGUCAAGUCAGUGCAAUAUGAAAGUAUCAGAAGUGAAAAUUCAAUGUCAGCUUCAUCUUGUAAACUUGCACUUUUCUUCUAUAGGUAUGCAAAAGGACUGGACCCGGACAACUGGCUAACCAUUGACCCACAAACAGCUGAGAUCAGAUUAAAUAAAAAGCCAGACAGAGAAUCUCAAUUCCUGGUCAAUGGGACAUAUUAUGCCCAAAUACUCAGCAUAACGGAGGACAUGCCUGCUAAAACAGCGACUGGCACCAUAGCCAUCCAGGUGGAAGAUUUUAAUGACCACUGUCCCACCCUGACCAGUAACAUGCAGACUAUGUGCAUUCCAAAUGAUGCUGUUAUUGUAAAUGCAAAAGAUGGGGAUGCAUAUCCUAAUGGACCGCCGUUUCACUUUGCAAUCGUCCAAGAGCAUACUCAGGGCAAAUGGCAGGUGGAGCAUCUCAAUGACACUGCAGCAAUCUUGAGGGCUAAGGAAUCUCUAUGGCCUGGAUAUUAUGAGGUGGAAUUUGUAGUAAAGGAUGAGCAGGGACAAGCCUGUCCUGAACCACAAAAAGCCAAGGUUCUAGUCUGUACCUGCGAGAAUGGAGUGGCCUGUGGAAACCGAGACCAACACGGUCAGCCGAUGAAAACAACAGAGUUAGGACCUGCAGGUAUUGGACUACUUCUACUGGGCCUGCUGCUUCUGCUACUCAUUCCUCUGCUACUGCUCUUCUGCCUAUGUGGGGAAAAGGCAGUUCUGCUAGAUGACUUUACUGAGAUGCCUUUUGACAGUAAAUCCCACCUUAUUAACUACCGCACUGAGGGCCAAGGAGAGAACACGGAUGUGCCACUGAUGAAUAUGUCAACGCAAGGGAAUGGAGAUAUGCCUAUUACAGGGAUGGGCGCUGCUGGCAAAACCUAUUUGCCCAUGGCAGGUUUUGAUAUUCAGAAAUCAGUGGCAUCCAUGGAUGGGAUGCACAGAGUGGUGUAUCCAGAUGGUGCAAGUGAUUGUGGAGAAGGAACAUGGAGGGUGAAUCGGAGAGAUAGUGGCUUCAAUCAAGUGUUUGAAUCAGGAGCAAGUGGAGGAUUUUAUGACGAGAUGGCUUUGCCAGGGAGCUUCUUAAGACAGUACUACACUCAGAAAACAGGCAGUGGAAAUGAGAACUUUGAAGUGAAGGACAGCCUACUGGUUUAUGACUACGAGGGCCAGGGCUCUGCUGCUGGCUCAGUUGGCUGUUGCAGCCUCCUAGAGACUGACAAUGACCUACAGUUCCUAAAUGACCUCGGACCAAAGUUCAAGACCCUAGCGGAGGUGUGUGGGGGCCAGUCUAUGCCAGCUAAAGUCCAAGUGUCCAGCUCCGUGCCCAAUGCUCCCAUAAAUAUAUCAGUAUCAAGUUUGGUGAAUGCCCCCCAGCCGUCCCCUCUACCCAAACUACAACCAGCUGUCCACAAAUCGAAGCAAAAUGUUUUCAGGGAGACGUCUGAGCAUUCUCAGGUAGUGAAGGAAGGCACAGCCACAAUGAAGGGAGGGAUGACCACAGUCAAGCAAGGAAUGACAAAUCAAGGCCAGAUGCUGCUACUACAGCAGCAGCAGCAGCAGCAGCAGCAGCAGCAGCAGCAGCAGCAGCAGCAGCAGCAGCCUGUCUACUACACCACCACCCCUGUGCUGCAGCCAGUCCAAUAUCUAGUCCAGCCACAGGUACAGAACACAGUGCUGGUGGCUGAGGCGGCGACCACCAACUUGCAGGGCAUGAUAGUGGUUAACAGUGCCAAUGCUGGACUUGCCCAAGGUGUGAUCGUUCAAGGACAAGCUCGAGGUCCAGGCAUGGUUUUGGUGCAGAGAAAUGAAGUCCAAGGGGCAGCCACCAACCUAAUUCAAACUGCCAACCUUUCUAGGUCCCAACCGAUGCUGGUUGUGGAUGGCAAUGGAGCCUUGAAAAAGAUGAAAGGGAGCCAGACAUGUCUUGUGUCAGGAGGUAUUCAACAGUCAAGAGAGCUAUCAGGAUCUCAGAGAGUUCUUAUUGCUGGAGGUCUAAAUAGCAGUGAAGGGUUGGUUCAGGAAGAAGGAGGCCUGUCCCAGAUGCAUAACAUCUCUGGCUCUCAAAAAAUCAUUUACAAAAUGGGCGGCCCAUUCAGUGGAUCUCUAUCCAAUGUGUUUGAUUCCUCUACCACCACAGUGAACACAAUGCCCACCUACCGCAAGGUUACUGAAAAACACACGAGGGAAAUUCACUGAAAUGUAAAGUGAAGACUAUUUCUUAAUACAGUCAACCCACUGGUAUGUAAACUGUCUGGAGUCCUGGAGUAUUUUUAAUUUCGACAUUUGCAUGUAUUUGUCAGUUUUUUGGUGGAGGGAUUGCAGCAAACGUUUGACUAGGAAACGCUAUGGGCGUGCAUGCACAGCUUCAACUUGCAUACCCUGUAUUAAACUUGUAAUUGACUUUGACUUUAAACAUAUGUGCAAGGCUGCAAUCAUUUUCUAUUACUUUAUUUGUACAUAAUGACCAGGGUUUCAAGUUUAAUAUUUUAACAUCCAACAGGUUUCAGAAUUGCAGGAGUCUGAAUCAAUGGCUCAUCAGUUCAUUAUUUAUAUUUGUCCAGUGCAUUUGUUUAUACUACCGUCAUCUUUAGUUUGGGUUUACUACUACUCAGCUAAGCCAUUAGCAUGCUAAUAUGCUGCAUAGUCCCAGCCUGUACCCUGAUGUUUUACCAUACAUUCAAGUUAUUAAUAUCCUUGGAAAAUGUAUGUUCCUAUAUAAUUAGUACUGCUGACAUUACUAAAUAUUUAUGUCCUUUUUUAUGUCAAAUGUCUUUGUGAAGAUACAAUAAUAAAUAGAUCUUAUUAUGAAAAAA